UUUCCGGAGUUCCUAUUUCAUGUAUUUAGUUGUAAAUAAGUAGCUUUCCGUUGGCGGGUUAGGAAACACAAUGUGGCGAACGAUUUUGAUUUUAGUUUUGUUUCAAUUAAUCAGGAGUGGUGAGAGUGGCCAAAGAGUUCGGGCACUUGUUGCAAGGCGUGGACAGUUUCCUUACCAUGCCGCCAUCUAUUCGCCUGCAACGGGCGACCGGUUUGCUGGAGCACUAUUUUCACCCAAGCAUAUUUUGACUGCAGCGACUCCUUUUGCUGAUCUGAAGGGUGACUUGGAAGUUUACCUUGGCGCUUACGUACUUGCCAAUAAAAAGGAAAAGGAUCGCAUCAACUUGAAGAUAACAGUGGAAAAUAAUAUUAUUGUGCACGAAGAAUAUGACCACAGAUGGCCGUUGGUUGAUAAUAUCGCCAUUAUCACACUUGACGAAGAAGUUGAGUAUACUGAUCGAAUUCAGCCCAUCCUACUGCCACCACUCGAUGAGGAAUUCAUAGAGGUAGUCGGUGCUCCAGUCCAUGUUUCCGGUUGGGGCGCUAGGUACAAAAGGGAAAGCCUUUCGAAAGCCUUGAAUUUCUACAACACAACUAUCUUCAAUUAUAACAUAUGCCGUAAAUUGUAUCCAAUAUGGGAGAGGAAUAUUUGCAUCAACGCAACUUCAAAAGGUUUAUAUUGCGUUGGUGGAUGGGGAUCGCCAGUUGCAGCAGAUGAAGAAAAUGGUCAGAAGCUAGUAGGGAUCAGCAUUGAACCUGACAGUUGUGCCCAUGGCACAGCGAUUCCGAAUACCCGUGUCGUAUCGUAUCUACAUUGGAUCGAAUUGCACACCGGAAUCAAGCCACGAAGACUUUCCACCCCGGUAGUGAACAGUAUGCCAAUCACCACUACAACCGAAGAACCAUCCGAACCGAGUGCAUUGGAACCGACAGAGCGACCACCUCCUGUCAUUGAUGUUGGAGAUCAAACCACUGAACCAUUCGACUUCGUGACAUUGCAGCAUGAAGAUGCUAACGCAGAUGAUUCUGAAGAACCGUAAGGAUAUGGUUUGGCUUGAAAAAUGUAGGGUCUAUCUAAGGAAUUGAAAAAAAACCAAUAAACCAUGUUAAAUCCUA